CAAACAAGUGAAUUUUCUUCUGCGGAAAAUCCAUUCCGUUUCAGUUGAGUUUCGGAAGUCGAUUUCAUAAUACCGCAGCCUCGUGAGUGUGUGGUGUUCGGAGUGAAAAUUAUUGGUGAAGUCACAAGAACAGUUCAGAAAUAUCAAAAUUCAAUAAAAUUGAUGAUUGCCAAUGCAGGCAGUGAAGUGAGUGGGUGGAUAAAGCCAGGAAAUAGACGAAUUCGUAUUCGUCCCUCGGCUUGUGUUGUGCGUCCCUUCGAAACCUUUAAUUGACCAUAAAAUCUGAUGGGCUCCCGUGGGAAGAGCAAACAACAUUCGUGAAAGUGAUUGGAGGGCGGCAAAUCCCGUUCCAGGACCUUUUCGGCAGUGGUGAUUUAUGACGAGUUUUUUUUGUUCAGUUCCCGUUUUGCGUCCUAUUUUUGUUCAGUUUAGGACACGUCACUGUGUCUUUUCCCGGCAUGGAUUUUCUUUGCGGAUUCCACGAUCGUAAUUGUUUCCAGUUGUAGUGAAGUGUCGGAACCACCGAUUCGCUGAAGACAGGAUACAGGAUCAUAAUAAUACAAAAAACUAUCAGCGAACACUGACAAAAAGGAGCCUUUGGAAUUUUCCUUGAUUUGGUGUCAGAAGAGGACGAAUCUAGAAUGGCAAAGGAUUCUGCUCAGUCUCGAAUACCUAGACUUGAUGGCGUCACACGAAUCCCCGUUCCCGGAACAAUUCGACAAGCAGUAAUUGCCCAAAAAUCACAAUUAGCAAUGGCACCAUCUAAGGUAAUAGCGACCCAACCACGUCCAUCUUCAUACAGUGGUCCAGGACAAAAACAAUCUCAAAUCGCCAUUGAUGAAUCACUGAAAAGAUCUUCAUCUGGUGACAAAUUCAGUGAGGCUGUUAGGAAAACAUCGAAUAUCGUGAAAAAGUUUUGGUCAAAACAGUCUACCCCAGCUAGCGUUGACAAUAAUAAAAUUGCUGAUAAUACAGUGAUAUUGGAUAAAGAUACUAAAGAGGAUGUAAAUCAAAAGUUGCUGACCAGAUCGGAAAGCGGUCAACGUGAGCAGCAAACGCACAAUGAAACUAGAACAUUGACCAGGUCUGAGACGUUUAUACGUGACAGUAAUAGCGAUCAAGAAAGUAAUAUACUGGGCUUGACGCACAAUGUUACAGCUGUUGGUGACCAUCAGACGCAGGUGUCCAAUACAACCAUUGCGAAAAAUAAUGAUAGCGCAUUAUUUAUGACGCGUACUAUCAACGUUAGCGACCCUGCGGUGUUGGAGACAACCAUGACAAUCGAUUCAAAUCCAAAUAAAAAAUGUGAUCUGGUCGAUGAUGCUACGAUCACAAUUUCAAAUAAAAAGCAAUCAGAUAUCUCAGAACGGGAACAUGACUCAACUUUUUGGACCAAUUCAAGCAACUCUCUACGCAAAUGCGGGGAUCUUUCAUCAGAUCUCGCGGAUGACACAAUUGUUGUCGCUCCAGAUAAAUCGAAUAUGAAACUGGUUCUAAAUUCUACUAUGAAUUAUGAUCGCUUGAUAGAUAUAUCGUCGAUAUCGUCGCCAAGCCAUCCAUUGAUGAAUCUAACGAGAGAUCUGAAUGACUCGCCCCAAGAAGACUACCAUCCGCAAAACAAUACGAAACUUCUAUACAUGAGCAUGCAAGAAGACAUGGACCAGACAUUAGUACCAGUCGAAAGGGAAAAUCUUGAGGUAGACCCAGAAGAUCAGCCCGAUCAGGAAGAUGAGAGCAUGGAAGUAGACGAAGACUUGCCGGCUAAUGUGGCGCAAAUCUUGAAUGGAAACCAGAUGCAAGAUGCCAAGACGAAUAAGCCUCGCUUCUCAUUUGGCAUGGAUCUUACCGAAUGCACACUCGACUGCUCCAUAGAGUUGUGUGAUGUUUCGUUGGGGUCGAGUAUUCCCGCUCAGUCUGGGUCGCCGCUUCUGAAGAAACAAAACUCAUUCGAAAUGGACGAAAGCUUGGGAAUUUUGACUCCCGAUCAAAUGAAGGAGUUUCUAGAUUCAGCUACCACAGGAACGAACCUAGACCUCCCGAUCAAUAUGCAUGGUGGCAGUAAAUUGGCUAUUCAUCAGAUGCGUAUCGAUCAAACUCCGUCGCCAGAAGAUUUGCCGCUAGAUCCUGUUGGGGUAAAAACUGAGCACGGAGAUGUUAUCAUGUCACAGCCUAUAACAGUUGGACAGAAUUCUAUCCAGUACAAUCAGCAGGAGCUUUCGCAAACUGACUCGUAUUCGAAGACUGACCAAAUGACUAAGUCUAAUGUUUCGAAAGUAUCUAAUAGUUUCAUAACUAGUGUGACUAGUAUAACUAGUCUCGAUACUGGGUAUCAAGGAGAUGGUGAGAUGUCGAGACCAGCCUCGCGUGGUGCCGGUGAUCAUUCUCCAUCUAAUGGACCUCGCAAACCGCAUCUGGGAAGGCAACCCUCGUUCAAUCAAAAUGCUCCUGCGAAUAUCCCCAUACGGAGGCAGGACCCUAUGACUGAUUCAGAUUUCUUCACGGAAAGUGAUGCAGAUGACAUCUUCCACAGGGGAGAUCGACGAGCCCAGGUGAUCGAUGGGCAACUCUACGGCCCCAUGCUUCAGCCAGCCAAUGUUUUCAUCACCGAACAACCUCAAAUGGAAGAUUCGUGCAUGGAAUCGAGCGGCAUUUUCACUGAUGUCGAGAACCGAUGUGAUGAUGAUUUAGCGCAAAGUCGCGGUGAUGCUAUCCCCGAUGUGGAUAUGUCUCCAGACGGAUCAACAGAUACAGUCAAAAGUAACAACACUGAAUACAAUGCUGGCUCGCAUCCGCCAAGAUCAUCCUCAUCCAUGAGCCAAGGCCAAUCUAACGUACUAACAGAUAGUCAGACAUCUUCAACAAUUCAGAGUAGCAUCAGUAGCGAGCGGAUUAGCGUAAGUUCAGUUAGCGGCAUCGGCAGAUGUGGUGGGGAUUACGCACAAAAAAGUGCUAUGAAAAGCUCUCCAAGUACUCUCAGUGCUUCGGAAAAUGGGGAGGCCGCGAAGAAAACCUGUUCUGCUCCAGCUGACGAUAAGAAAAGCUCAUCGAACGGAACUAUCGCGAGCUCCAAGAAAACCCAGCAAACGUCUGCUUCGUUAGUGAAGAAAUUCAGUCCGUCGCGCAAGCAACAGCUCCAUCAGUACGGUUCGGGCGCGGAACGCAACGUGAUAGUUGGAGCCCGCGAGAUCGGCAAACAUGAAAGUAAAACGGGCGGGAAAAAGUCCGCGAUUUGUUCAACCCCUUCAACCAAAGCGGCUCGUUUGAAACUACGAUCGCCCGUUGAUGAGAACGACUAUAACAGUAACGCCGCGGAAAUGUUAUUGAAAAACGGCUCAUCCGCGACACCCCUAAAAUCGCGAAAUUCCACUAAUCAAGAAAAUAGACGCCCCAAUGGUUCGCGAGCGGGUAGUGUUGCCAGUGAUUUGGCCAACGAAAAGUGUAACGGAAAUGCAGGUGUAAUUGGUGAUCGUAGUAGUGUUAAUCAGCAACAGCAAGAGCAACCGCAAGGUGUAGGUGUUGGUAAUGGUAGUGGUAGUGUACGCAAAUCAUCCCCUAAUAAAUGGGAUGCAGUUAUGAAUAAAAUUGCCGAGAAUAAGUCUUUGAAGAAGAACUACACUCAAGUGAAAUCGAAAGUGGCGACGGGUAUGCUGUUGCGACGUGUUGGCACACCCAGGCUUACAAAGAGUCCUACGACCCAGUCGCAGGAUAGCAAUUGUGGAAGUUUGAAUAGUAGCGGGGCCGCAAGUGGAUUAUCGUCACCGCAGUCAAAAUGCGCUUUGAUGCAGAGUGCAACGAAACGAGGACGGUCAUUUAGCAAAGAUAGUCAGCAGAGCUCACAAAGUGACUUGAGUUUGUCUGGCGGAUCGUCUAAGCAUCAAGUCAAAGCAUCGCCAAGUACAAGAUCAGCUAAGAAACGAGAUGUACGAACACUUAGCAUAUCGCCGACAGACUUGGGACCACCACCGAAAACCCAAACGAAUAAUGCAACAGUUCGAACGAAACAACAACCUGUUCUAGCACAGAAACGAAUAUCAUCAAAUAAUUCACAGCCAACGACAGCAACACCAUCGCCACCUCCUUUGGUGACGAGUAAACAAGGUUCACCGCCACCGAAGAAGGUCAUAUCGCGUCGUCCUCAAGUACAACAAACGCACACCAAAGUCCCACUGAAAGAUCACAACCGGCUUUUAGGCCAUUCACAACAGCAACAACAGCAACAGCAGCAACAUUCAAACAAUACAAAUAGCCCAAAAAGUGGGAUCAUCCAUGGCAUAAAAACCACCACGAAUGCAUCGUCAACAGCAAACACAACUCCAGCAUCAGCGGCAUCUUCACCACCGCCAGCAGCACUCGUUUGUGCAGGAUUAAAAGCAGGAAACAGAAAUUCACUGCCACAAUCUCCACCACCCGCUGGAAUUUUGCAUAGCAACAAUAGCGGCGGUGCUCCACAUACGGUGGUGAAUCCAACGUCAGUUGUGCUCCAGCAACAACAAAUUCAUAAGCAGAAACAGCAGCAUCCGCAAGUUAAGUCAUCCAAGGGACUUGUAGAUUUCCAUUUAGUGCACGCUAAUAAGGGUUUCGAGGCACUCGGAGUUCUCCUACAAUAUUUGGUCUACGAUUUGGAUGCAUUUUCCUGUCCCAAAAUCAAAAAUGACUAUGCAAAAGUCAAGGAAACUUUGUAUGAGACCCGAAGGCAGUUGGAGGAGGGGAAGGCAAGUUACCACGAUUUGCAAGAUCAACUCCACGAAAAGGAUCUCUACUAUACGACACGGGAAUCUGAAAUUCAGACAUUGCAUCGAUGUGAACUUGAAAAAGUUCAAACAUCCCUUAAAGAACUGGAAGGCAAAGCUCAAGAACGCAUCCGAUCCCUUGAAGCUGAACUCAUCUCCAAAGAUGUCACCUAUGACCAAAAACUCAAGGACUACAUGCAGCGAACUGAAGCUCAGCUAAUAGAGAAAGAUCAAGAACUUAGUCUUGCCAGAGACAAAGAGCAAGAGCUCCUCAAACGGAUAAGCGCACUUAGCACUACCGAAAAUGAGUUGCGCGAAAGGGUAACAGCUACCGAACAAAGUUUUGCCGAACGGCUCCUGGAUGCCGCCAAACGGGAACAUGAACUUACCGAAAAGGUGAAUGCUCUCAACAAGGAACUGGAACUGUUCAAGCACCAAACCGAGAGCCGAGAACGUGAAUUGGAGGAAAAAUUGAACCUUUCGCAUGACGAAAUUUCUGUUCUUCGCAAUUCGAGAAAUCUUAUGGAACAGUCACUGUCACCAAAAAGCAGUCCCACCAUGGCUAAUGGUAACGCUACGAAAUUGCAAAUGCUUCAAGAGGUGGAAAGUUUAAGGAGUGUUCUUGAGCUGAAACAGACCGAACUGUCCGAUUUAAGGAAACAAAAUCAUGAAUUGAAGAGAGCCUCGGAUGACGUACCAUUGUUGCAAAUGAAAGUUUCAGCGCUGGAGUCUAGGAUUGAGGAUUUGCAGAUACAGUUGAAGGCAAAGUCUGAGGAGGAGAAGGAAUUGAUAGUCCGAAAUAAACAUCUCCAAGAAUCAUACAAACAAGAACUAGAAACGCGCAGCCGUCUCAGCCUACACAACGAAGAGCUUCAAUGGCGUCUGAAACAGAACUCGGAGAAAUUUGCCUUAGCCUUAAACGAACUAUCAAAAAGUUACAGUGAACAAAGCAGUAACAGUUUUCUAAACGCAUCAAAAUCCAGUCUGCAUAGCACUGGAAACGGUGAAAGCGCCCACCAAAUAUCAGGAGGAGCAGAUCAGGGCAACCAGCUAUCAUCAAGUCACAAUUCUAGUCUAGCUAGCUUAAAUCGAACAAAUGGUUCAGAUCGAAUGGUUGGUUGCUUCCAAAUGGAUGACGUUUCACCCCCAGCAUCCCCUAUUAUCAAAGGUGUCGUUGAGAAGAAUGAUUCUGUAUCAUGGGUCUUGGAAAUGGACGACGAGACCCCAGAAGUUCUGGCUUCGCGAAUGAUACGACGAGCGGGUUCAUUUCGAUCGAGCUUCAACGAAAAGUCAUCGAAUGCCAGAAGACAGUACUCCCUACCUGCUGCAAGCAGUGGGAACCCAUUGAUGCAAUCGGCUUCAGCAACUUCAGUUAUACGACAACAUUCCAGUGAGUCGGUUGCGUCUAUGCACUCAUCGGCACCAACCACAACAAAUGCUAGAAUUCGAUCGAAAUCGGUCACUAUCAAAUCGUCUGAACCAAGAAAAUUCAACCGGCAGAAUUCCAAUGGAGCUGAGUCAAAAAGUGUUAAUGGAGGAACCUCAUCGUCAGCAAACCAGCUUUCAACAUGGAGAGAUCCCAUCUGUUCGAGCUCUCCAUAUAGAAGACACGAGCGAUCGGCUUCUUUGAAACAUCAAUUAGUGUCCCCAACUUCCGCACCAACUAUCACAUUCGCACGCAGAUCAUCUUUCUCUCACGAUGAUGAAGAUGGUCUUUAUAGGAAACAGUCGUACGAAGCGCCUAACUUGAUAACCUGCGACACAUCUGCUCUAACUGCAGCUGAAAACCGCUUGCAAAUAAGGUCACUACCUUCCCAUCCUUCGGUUCAAGAUCUGAAAGUUCUGAAGAAGUGUCAGGAAAUUCAGGAGUCUGCCGGUGAGGCAAUGGUUUCUGGCACGAAUUCUGAGGAUGAGGGUUGUUCGGCUUCAUCAGAUGAUAUUAUCUCGUCAGCUUCAUCCGCCGAUUCAGCAACUUCAUCGUUAGAUUGCAAUGGAGCUGCGGGGAAACAUCAUGUGUUGUCGCUGGAAGACGCCCUCAUGAACAAGAUGAGCACAAGCUUGGGCGGAACUCCCAUGGAGGUGAGCUGGUCUGAUGAUGUUGAUCAAUUCCCAAGUGGGGAGUCGAUAGUCUGACACAACGACGAUGAUAGCUUCUAAGAUCUAGGAGAGAACCACCAUUUGGAUGUAUAUGUAAAGCUUGUGUGCGAUAUUUUGUUUCUUCAGAGAACAGCAUCGACUUAGUACGCUUCUGAUUGCGACGAAUAUAGUUGAAUAUUGCGCAGAAUACUUUUUGUGUACAAUAUCUUGUGAAAUUUAGGGACUCUGGCGUUCAGGCGCCGACACUGGUUGCUUUGCAUAAUCCUAACGAUCGAGUUUUGCGAUGCAACCAUUGCUGACACUGUUACCCAUCCAUUCACAACAUCAUUUUGUAUUAUAGAUAUGUUUAGAAAACAAAACAAUAAUAAUGUAAAAGCUCAAAUUGCUUGCAUACAAUUCUUUCAAUAAUUCUACGGAGAUAAGGAAGCAACCCGGAAUGGGAGUUGAAUUGAAGUUAAAAUAAUUGUUCGAAUUAAGGCUACCACUAAGGAGAAAUCAGCAUAGGGAAUCAUUUAGGUCUGACUCAUUUGGUGUAUCUUACCGGAUGGAGUCUCGAGAUCUUAUUUCAAACACCAUGUGUUGAUGUUUAGAGCUUCUGAAAUUUGGGGAUUUUUUUGGGGUUAGACGGACACCAAUGUCCUUCAAGUCAAUCAUUAGCUGGUUCUCUGAUAAGUGGUGAAACAGGCUCAAAACUUGAUAAGCUGUUCGGAAGGAAACUCUGCGACGUAGUGGAGUGGGAAACUGUAAAGAAAUUUAGUAUAUUAUGAAUAUUUUGUUACCUAAAAAUAAUAUAAAGAGAAAAUCUAAAAGAAAACUUUUUGUAGGUCUGUUGUUUGUGAUGUAGUCUUUCACCUGAUUAUUAUUAUGUCGAUAUUAGAUGUCAAGAUACUAUUUAUAUAAUGGAAGAUAAUCAAAUACUAAAAUCUUUUUCACGUGUUAAAUCCUCUCUAAAAAUUGUUCUUUUAACUAAACUAUUGUUUGUUUUUACUUGAAUUCACUGGCUUAAAUCUGCGUCCCCCUAUUCUCUCCAGCAGAGCAUUGAGAAGUCAAUUGGAUGGAACGUUGUCUGAAAGUACGUAGCGAAGAGCAAAAGAAAUUUAUCAAGUUUUCUGCACAGUUCAAACAUUUUUAGUUGUAUCUUUUCUAGGUGAUGGUUAUUUAUUUUUAAGGUAAUUUCUGCGAUCUGCGAGCUUCGUUAUCGUUACACUUUUCAACGUUUACGUUCCCAGGAGACAAGCCUCCAAGCGUUUGUACAGUGCGAACAUAUCUAGUCACUGUUCUUCUUGGGCAAUUUAGUUCUCAGAAGAGCUGCAUGCUUUUUGUGCGAUGCCCAGUAAUAUUUUGUUGAGACUUGUUAGCUCCCAAGCUGGGAUUCGCGGCUGAAUCGAUCAAUGGCCAUAGUGAGAACCCAUAUUCCUGUUCGAUGAAAGCAUGUGGCACAUCCUUAUUACUUCCAGCAAAAGCUCUUUUUUCCAGAGAGAAAAUCUUAGGGGGAUGCCUGCAAGGCUUCGAGCCACAAACAUUUUUUUAAAAGCAACGAAAAUAGCAGUGUUGAGGUCAUAUUUUAGCAAUUGUAAAGUAAUUUGUAGGUUCAACCUCAAUUUUUGAUAUAUUCAUUUGUAAUGAUAGAUCGCACGUUUGAUGCCGUCAUUGCUAGAGGCCACACACUCACAUUUGUGCUAGUUCAGUAUGGAGACUUUUUAUGUCUAUUUUUAAGUUCAUUUUCAACUUUUUUGUAUUGUUUUAUUUUUAUUUUGAAUAUAUUCCAGCAAGGAUACAUGCUAUAGAUUAUCUCGUUAAAUUAUUUGUUAAUUAAACUUACACAUGAAUGGCAAAUGGUAGAAGUGAGAAGAGUAAAUAUUUAAUAUAUACAUAAAAAGCGAAUGUGAGGGCGAGAAGGUGGCGAAUGUAAAUUAAUGAGUAAAUAAAUGCAAAGAAAAAGAAAAAGUCGAAAAACUUACUUUGACCACAAAACCCUUUAUAUACAUAUAUUGUUACGAAAUUCAGUAGACGCUAAGUUGUUCCACAGAAGAAAACGAUAAAAAAAAAAAUUUGAAAAAUUUGACGAUUCUACUUGGAAACGAGAAAAAAUAAAAAUAAAUUAUUUCCCUGCCAAAAUGAACUUGUACUUGAGUAAAAUAUAAACAAACCAAACCAUUACAUAUUUACAGUAAUCAAUAUUGCCACCCAGCAAACAUGUGUACGCAUAGUUAAAGCUACUUUCAAUAAGCAAACUUGAAAAGAAAAAAAAACAAACAAAUUCACAUUAAAACUUCUAGAAACAGUAGACAAAUGGAGGAAACCACCAACUUGCUAGGUUUUACUUUUUUGUUGUUAUUUACAUUUAUAGAAAGAGGAAUGGAAGCCAGACUUUAAACUAGGAAGACCUUGAGCAUUUAGUCCCCGAAAACAAUUUCUUUCAUGCCGAUAGCAACUUAGAACAGUAGAAAGAAGUCCUGACAGUUUCAUUUUCUUUCUGGAGAUCCUUAAACUUUUUGGGAAAAUAUGUAUGUCUUCGGGACGAUUGUGUAGAAUUCAGUUUGUGUGGAGACAUGACUAUGGUAUGUGUAUUUGAGAAAGUCUUGCAACCAAAUCUAAUAUGGACAGUUUUGUAGUCAUAGAGCGUAAAUGCAGAUAUGGACGGGGCAGAACAAACAUUUCUAUUGCAUAAUAUAUUACGUUUCAUUUACCUUUGUAAAGAAAGAAGAAAAAUGUAUGUCGUGUCUUGCUGUUAGGCAGGAUGGUCCGAUUUUUUUAAGCAAAAUUGAUUUAAAAUUGUAUAAUAUGAGAUAUAACGGUAAUGAUGAUGAUAACGAUGAGAAUAAAGAAAUAACUCAAAGUUAAA